UUCUCCCCUUCGUUGGCAUUCCCAUUAUUUCCCAGCCCAACUUCAUAGUUAAGGGAGAACGCAGGUCUUCAUUGUGUGCACUGAAAUUUCAUUUCUUGUUCACGACGAAAAGUGGAAACACUACACUUUUUGUUAGGAAAUAAUUUCUGCGAUUUUUCUGUCAGAAACCGAACAAUAUCCAGAAAUGCGAAGGCAGCUCUGUUUGAAGCUCUUCUCAAAGAUUCCAAAUAAUGUAUCGUCUACGAACGCCACAAAUUCGUUCUCCUCGAAUCCAAUUUUCUCACCGUCAAUCGUGAAAACCAGUGGGAACCCCUGCUAUCAGCAGCCCUUUUCACAGCAUUCCACGCUUUCGCAUUCCCAGUUAUGGAAAUUUUACAGCCCGAAUGGAGUUUAUGGGAGGAUUCAGAACGGGGUUUUGCCGGGCCCUGCUCUGGCCAGGAGGUUUUAUUCGAAAUCCCUUUUUAGGGGGCAGAGCAAUUUUCCUGUUAAUGGGGCGAUUAGAGUUUACUGGCGGAGAUUUUUUCACUCUUUUGAUUCUCAGCGGCGUGGCUGGCGAUCAGGUUUUAGACAGUUUACAGCUGAUGGAGUUGUUAUAGGCUUGAUAGUCGCAAAUGUUGCUGUUUUUAUAUUAUGGAGAGUGGCAAGCCCUGAAUUUAUGGUGAAGAAUUUCAUGAUUUCCGUAGACAAUUUUACAAGCGGCAGGUUGCACACGUUGAUAACUUCUGCGUUCAGCCACAACGAGAUGUGGCAUCUUAUUACAAACAUGGUUGGGCUCUACUUUUUUGGACUGAGUAUAGGAAGAACUUUUGGACCGGAAUACUUGCUGAAACUAUAUCUAUCUGGUGCUCUUGUUGGCUCAAUCUUUUAUUUAGCAUAUCAUGGCUUCAUUGCUCCAUCAUUCCAGGAAAAGCAAAUGUUUGGUAUCGAUCCUUCAAAAAGUCGAGGACUGGGCGCAAGUGGAGCUGUGAAUGCGAUUUUGCUUCUUGAUAUAUUUCUAUUUCCAACAAAGACCCUCUAUCUCGACUUCAUUAUACCCGUUCCAGCUAUUUUAUUGGGAAUAUUUAUCGUUGGUAAAGAUCUGUUGAGGAUAUUAGAGGUAUACUCGAAUUGGGGACUCAGUCUUUCUCUUUCUCCUUUGGGUGAUACUCAAAUUUCAGGAUCUGCUCAUUUGGGUGGAGCUACGGUUGCUGCCUUGGCGUGGGCCCGCACUAGAAGGGGCCGUUUCUGGCGAUUCUAAAUCUUCGCCUUUGUUAUUUUACUCUGAAUUCUUGUCUUCAGUAAUAUUCUAUGGGAUUGUUCAACUGAAUCUUUCGCACAAAGACACGAUUGCUUGCUUAUAAUCCUAUGUUAGGUAUCGGUUUCGGUAGGUGUAAUGAAAUGAAAGGCCUUCAUUACUGAAGUGUGUUACAAGUGGUAUGCCUAAAGUUCGUCAUCGUGUAAGAAAAAAAAAGUACAUGACAUAUAUUUUUGUAUACUGUCAUGCUCAUAAGUAUCCCACAACUUGGUUUGAAUACCCAACAUUUUCCCAAUCAAUUUAUGCACUAAGUUUGUUGAGUGAUUACUACUUUCAUGUACCUUGACAGGUUGUGAUU